UACCUACCCGGAAAGGCGACUUAAAAAUGCCGCGAAAAUGGCAUUUCGUCAAAACUGAUGUUUAUGUCUUUGAACAUUGAAUGAAAAAAUAAAAGUUAAUUAAACUGAUGUUUUCUGCGCUUUCAAGUGAAGCAGCCAUGGAUGAAUAUGACGAAAUGUUUGAGAUAGAGGACAACUUCGAGGAGCAAUUCGCCGACGAACUCGAUGCGCUGGCUCAGUUGGAAAAUGAAUCCUCCAAGCCUGCGAAGCGUCAGAGACGGAAUUCAAAUAAUGACGCCUCCUACAUUGAUUACCAGCAGGUGUCUGAUCAGCAAAUCACUCCAACCGCAAAGCGUCACAAACAAGCCACAGGUGUGGUGAAGCGACUAUUCAACUCCGUGCAGUGUGAUGACAUCACACCGCCGUCAUCUCCAGAACACUAUGAACCACCUCACACUGUGAGGUCUUCCUCAGCUCCUGCUCUCGAUAUCAGUGGAUUUGAAACAAUCCCAGAGUCUCCUAGGCGACCUGCUGCUGUGGCAACGCAGUCGCAUGCGCUGAGAAGACCCCCACUAGAAGGCGACUACGUCACUGUCACCGACUCUUCUGGAUGUCGCGUCUACCUCCGCCAGAAGGACACCCAAGCAGAGGAGGUGAAAAACUGCAGAAUGCUACCCGUCCCUCAGGGUUCAUUGGGGCUGCUAGCUGUUCCAAUUGAUGUGCUGAGAGAUCAAGAGGCAGAGCGACGUCACCAGCAGGUAGUAGAGCAGACACAGCACCUCACAGAGCUCCUGGCCAGCAGUGUAAAUGACGUCUUGGUUGAGCCUGAAAUUAGAGAGGAGGAAGAUAAAGAAGAGGAGGGGGAUCUGGGAGACUCUGAGGGUCAAAGCUAUCGACUCUGGGUGGAUAGAUUUUCUCCCCAGCACUACACCGAGCUGCUCAGUGAUGAUUUUACCAACCGUUGUCUGCUGAAAUGGCUGAAGCUGUGGGACACGGUGGUUUUCGGAAAAGAGAGGGUGUCGCGCCCGGCGCGGCCCGACAGACAAGCCCGCGUGCAAACUUCAUUCAAACCAAAUCAAGCCAAUCAGAAUCCAAGCCGCUUCAAGAGCAAGAUGGAGAUGACUGAAGAGAUACUGGAGGCUGAACUGGACGUGUACAAACGGCCCAAAUUGAAGGUUGCAUUGCUGUCCGGUCCUCCGGGUUUGGGGAAAACCACCUUGGCUCAUGUUAUUGCAAAGCAUGCCGGUUACAAUGUCGUGGAAAUCAACGGCAGUGACGAUCGCAGCGCAGAGGUGUUCCAGAAACGCAUCGACACGGCUACACAGAUGAAGUCCGUUUUAGGAGCCGACCAGAGGCCAAACUGCCUCAUUAUUGACGAAAUUGACGGCGCCCCGGCAGCUGCCAUCAACAUUCUGUUAGCGACCCUGAACAGGAAAGACGGACACAGCGGCGAGGCAGCAGCCGAGUCCGCAAAGAAAAAAAAGAAGAAAGAGUCUAUUCUCCUGCGGCCUAUCAUCUGCAUCUGCAACGACCUUUACGUUCCAGCUCUCAGACCGCUGAGGCAGCAGGCCUUCCUCCUGACGUUCCCCCAGACUCAGUCGUCUCGCCUGGCUCAGAGACUUGCGGAGAUCUCUCUCCGUCACGGGAUGAAGGCAGACACGGGCACGCUGAUGUUACUGUGUGAGAAAACGGACAACGACAUCAGGUCUUGCAUCAAUACGCUCCAGUUCCUUUUUGGUCGAGGCCACAAGCAGCUCAACACCAGGAUCAUCCAAUGUGUAUCUGUGGGUCAGAAGGACCAAAACAAGGGAUUGUUCCAUGUGUGGCAGGAGAUCUUCCAGUUGCCACGCACUAAACGGAAACGUGUUGGUGAGCGGUUUGAGGAAGUCCCUGGUUCAGGAGGCAGCAAUCCGAGGUUCCAGCACAUUCUUGACUUGGCCUCAUCUAGUGGAGAAUAUGAAAAAGUUUCUCAGGGUUUGUACGACAACUACCUGUCCAUGAGAGUGCGAGAUCCCAACCUGCAGAGUGUGUGCGACGCCCUGGACUGGAUGGUCUUUUUCGACCGGCUCAACCAAGUCAUCAUGCACGGGCAGAACUUUACUCUAAUGAAGUACCUGCCCUUCCUGUCCGUCGCAUAUCACUUUCUAUUCGCCCACCCGCACGUGCCGCGCAUCAGCUAUCCGCACAGCCACCAGGAGGCGACCACUCGUCUCCAGAGCUGCAGGAACGCUCUCUCCACCAUGUUGUCCGACAUUCCGGCCAGCAUCAGGACCAGGAUCAGCCAUCUCAACCUCACCCUGGACAUUCUCACGCUGCUCCUUGACAUUAUCUGUCCCAAGCUACGCCCUGUGAACCCGCAGCUCUUCAGUCGUCGAGAAAAGGAGCAAAUGUGUGAGCUGAUCGACACCAUGUUGGCGUACAACCUCUCUUAUCGGCAGGACCGCACACCAGAGGGGCAGUACACAUACCUCCUGGAGCCACGUGUGGAGGAGGUGGUGAGGUUCUCGGGCUUGCCUCCGCGCCGCCAGUUGACCUAUCAGGCCAAACAAACCAUCAGCAGAGAGAUGGAGCAGGAGAAGAUGAGGAGGGCGGAGCAGCUGUUGUUACAGCGGAACCCCGCAGUGAAAGAGGCAGCAAAAACAAGCGCUGCUCCCAAACCAAGCAGGAACCAUCAUCAGAGGUUGGAAAACAUUGUCAGGCAGACCACAAUGGAGCCCAGGCAAGCGGUGGACUUUUUCGGUCGCCCCGUUGCACCCAAACAGACGACGGCGCCGUCAUCCUCAGACACAGGCCAGGAGUGCGGCAUGCUCGCCAUGGGGAAGGCGGUGGGCAACAGCGAUGUGUGGUUCCGCUUCAACGAAGGCAUGUCCAACGCUGUGCGACGCAACGUUUACAUCCGGGAACUCCUGUAGCCUCCCCACCACCACCACCA